UAAUGCAAUAUUAUAUGAUUGCUUUUUAUCAUUUAUUUGUUGUGAUGAACAAAGUUGGUUUUAAAAUUUCUGCUCUAGAGUUACUUGUGAGUUGUGGCAGAGUUUACCGUGGUACUGUUGGUGCCAGGCCAGAGCUACCCACCAAGCAGAGUGUCCUGAGUUCAUUACCUCACCAGUGCCUUGCUCUUCUGGUGAAGCUCCUUAGCUCCAGUAAGCUGAUAGAGGAAUGAGGUACUGAGCAUCAACAUUACUUGCUACUGAAUAUGAGCUCAUUAUAUUUUUAUUUCUUUACUUGUCUUCGGAACAUAUUUACUUAUAUUCUUAGUGCACUAGAGUGUUCAUUUGCUGCUAUCUUUGCUUGAAGGCUAAUGUGUAUCUAAUGGAUGGCAAUACCUAUCAGAUGGUUCCUCUUAUCUAAGAGACAUGUGUACUUUUCUCACACCACAUGAUAAGCCAGUAGAGGCCAACCUGCUUAAGAGUGUGGCACAUGAGACCAGUGUGUGUUAACAAGGUGCUUAACCAAGCAUAAUGAAGGUAACUGCCUUUUAGCCUUGAGUGUAGGCAUUGAUUUUGAGUGAAACAUUUCUACUGUCUUGUUUAUUAUGAAAGGUGAUAGUUUUUAUAUUUGUAUGUUAAUUAGAAUACCACUUUUGCUCAAGGUACCUUUCAUUGCUAACCUGUGGUGCAUAUCUGUGAUCUUGCUGGCAACCCUGCAAAGCCCCUCUAGGGGGCAACAAUUCUUUCUUGAGGAGCAGGUCACUGAGGGGGAAACAACUGCCCGUGAGGAGAAUGAGAGUUCCAUAAAUGCUGAGGAUGUGCCCAUCCCAGAAAACAUUGAUGAUGUGUCAGAAGGAAAAGAUGUCUGCUCCAGGUAUUCUCCCAAAGAAGUGUUUCACACCGUUGUCAAUCCUCACCUUUUCAAGAUACUAGAUGAGAUGAGCACUUUUGUUGAAGCUGUGCUGCACCGCAUUGGGCCGGCCUUACACACACUCACACCUUAUGUUGAUCAGUCUCCUGUAGGAAAACUGAAGAUUGACGAGCUAUUUCUGGACGUUCAAACCUUUAUGCUUGGGGCCAUGAGGGAUGUGUACAGUGGUCUGAGGCAAGCAUGGAGGGAGCUGAUCAUUGCUCACAUCAACGAGCCUUCCUCACCCCAUCACAUUUGCUGCUCUUGCUCAUGUGAGACCCAGAGUGAGGCGGAAGAGCAACUAGUGGCAAGUCUUCAAGAGUUCUCCAUCAUCAUGAAGGCAGUAGUUUUCAACAGUAUUCAUGUCAUAGAAGCAUCCCUCAGCAUCCCCAACAACACAGCUGACCAGGAGGCUGCCCUUGCCAUCAGCCAGAAGCUUCCCAAGAUUGCCCCAAAUUUCCUAGGCACGUUGAUAUACAAGCUCCUGAAACGUAGCAGCGACAUUGGUGCCUUUGACAAAAUCCACACCAGCCCGCUGAGAUCUAUAAUACCACUUGUUGAGAAGAUGCAUGCAGAACUGAAUGCAACCAUUAGCAGGAGAGGAGGCACUAGAGAAGGGAAAGAGGAAGAGGAGGAGGAGGAGGAGGAGGCCAUGGAAGCAUUCUGGAGGGCUGCAGUAGAAGCCUCUCACCAUCACCUGGAAGAAUGGCCCUUGCUGGAUGAAGACUUCCACUUCAUCUACAGUAAUGAGGAGUAUUUAUCCGAGGUGCUUCUCCAGCUCAUUAAUUCUUUCUGACACUGACACACACACACACACACACACACACACACACACACACACACACACACACACACACACACACACACACACACACACACACACACACACACACACACACACACACACACACACACACACACACACACACACACACACACACACACACACACACAAGUAAUUUGGUGAGUGUAAGAUGCAUCAUUUGUCUCUAUCUAGAAAGUGAUGCCUGGCUUUUCAUUGUAACACCCCCUGAUUGAUCCUGUAUAGCAGCUUGACCAGCCUUGUAAGUGGUGUGAAUGAGUGUGAUCUCCUCCUCUGUGCCUCCCACUUCAUUACCAACAAGACAGAGCAGGAUCCACGGUGCAUUGCCCAGCUUCAGUAAUUAAUAAAUAGAUAAAUCCAUUCAGAAAGAUAAUAGGAUAAAAAGGAUAAGGAAUCAGGGCAUGUAAAAGAGAGGGCCAAGUCUGUAGAAGUGUAACCAUUAGAGAAUAAACUCAGGAAGCUCUG